GCAUUCCCUCCACUGUUUGCACACACACACACACACACACACACACCUCAGGUAAUUUCCUGGUUUCUUGUGGGCGGGAGACUCAGCUGUCUAUGCUUCACACUCAGUUUCCUGAAGGGCAGGUCGACAGGAGGAACAUAAGACACCUGCAGCUGUCGCACUCUUCUUCACUUCAGCUGAAGACUGUGUGUGUGUGUGUGUUUGUGUGUGGUGUCGUGUGUGUGGUACAGAAGACAGUGUGUGGAGUAGUGAGGUCCACUGUGUAACCAUUGGACACAACCAUUGCUGUGAAUUCACGUGAACUCCCUUUAGAGUGAUGUUGUAUACGGAGCUGAUCCGGCUGUGGGAUGAGGCGGUGCAGGCGGUGGAUAACCGGGACUGGCAGAACGCUCUGGCCAAACUGGGUCAGAUCUCUGACCCCACGUCCCGCACCCUGUUCGUCUCCUCCGCCGCCCACCUGGCCCUGGGUCAACUCGACCUGGCCGUGAAGGAUCUUGAUCGGGUUAUUGCUAAAGAUGAGAGACUGGCGGUGGGCUUCUUCCAGAGGGCUGCUGUGCACAUGAUGGCAAACAGGUUGGAGGAGGCUUUGGGUGACUGUAUUUGGGCUCAGAAACACAUGAGGGAAAAUGCUGUAAUUGAUUAUAAACAGCUGGGGCUGCGCUAUAAACUCUACAGCUGGCAGGUCCUGUAUAAUGCAGCAGCGGUGCACUGUAGAAUGGAUCAGUGGGAGAAGGCUGGAGAGAUCCUGAUGGCAGCCUCUAAGGAGAAAGGGGCGCGGGGGGCUCCAAUGGACCAGGCAAUGGAGAGCAUAUCUAGAAGAGAGGUGAUUGCUCCUCUCUUCGUCCCUGAGGGAGUAGUGUUCCGCCCCAGAAAACAGGACGUGGAGGCGCUUCGGCCCAGAGACUUUCUGGGCAAACCAGAGGUCAUCAUUUCCAACAUCCCAGACGAUGAUUUCGGAGGCUUUGAACCUCUCAGGCCGCAGAAACCUGGAUUCUAUGAACCAAAGGUAGAUGAAGGCCAAGACUCACGCUACAUGUGUGUGAAGAGUGCCUACAUGGGCAAAGGUCCAGGAGAGCUGACCGUUCCCACCGGAGCUCAGGUUUUCGUCUUCAGCCAAGACGACCGUGAAGGCAUGGCCACGGUCAUCUACGACGGACAGCGAGGCCUGCUUCCCAGCUUCCUGCUGGAACCGCCGCCAAAAAAGACCAAAGGCAAGAAGAAGAAAGACAGCGUGCCCAGUGGGAUCCCACUGCCGCCCAGCCUGAAGCCGCCUACUCGCCCGCAGGUUGCUGUUUCUCCUCCCCCAGAGUUGCCUACCUCUUCUACCAGUGUUCCCAACAACAGCACUCCUCUACAGGAAAGCAGCAGCCCAGUCCAAAGCUCCACACCUCCACAGCAGGCUGAGGGAGCGGACUCUGUCGUAGUUAAAGUGCACUACAGAUACACCGUGGCUCUCAGCGUCCCACUAGACACGCCGUAUCAGGAGCUGCGAGAGAGGCUCGCUCAGAAAUUAGGACAUCCUGCUGCACUCAUUCGCCUUAGACACAAGCAGCACGGCUCCUCGCUGCUGAAGCCUCUGGAGAUGGAGGGAGGGCUGUGUGACCUGGCUGAUGUGGCCGAGUCGGGCCGGGCCACUCUGUACUGUCAGGCUGAGAAUCCCCUUGCCAACAGGACUGUUCUCUACCAGAUGGUGGCACUGUAUGACUACGCUGCACAGGGGCCUGAAGACCUGGAGUUUAGUGAAGGAGACACCAUCGACAUCCUGGGUGAAGUGAAUGAAGAAUGGCUGGAGGGACACACCGCUGGAAACAUCGGAAUCUUCCCCAGAUGUUUCACCUACAGUGACUCAGAAAAAGCCACAGCUAAUGAAGCAGCAUCAUUAUAGAACUUUAAUAACUGAACUGUGGCUCUAAAAAGGUUUUUGGUUUGUUUUUCCAAGCCAUUAUAUUUUACAGUAUAUUUAUUACUAAUAAGUUUCUGUAUCAUCCGUACCUUAUUGUUUACUGACCUGUUUUUGUUCAGAAUCAUAUUGAUUGUUUACUUUGUGUAUAAUGUUGCAUUCCAUUUUAUUUUAGACGUCAAAAUUUUCUAGUUCCACUUUCUAUUUAGUUUAUUAGCGCUUAUCUAUUAGUGUCUCAUUAAAUCAGUUGUACACAUUCAGUAGUACUGUCCAACUUCUCUCUGUGGACAGAUAGAACUGGACCCAAUUUUAGUGAUCUAUAGGUGAGCUGUUAACCGUUCACCAUUGCAACUUGAUUUAGGGAGUGUCAGUGUGUCUUUGCUAUCGUAACGAUGGGAAAAGUAUACCUUGAGUGGCUCAAAACAUGCAAAAGGCAUGUACUAAUUCUCUUAAUUUAUCAUGAGUGUGUUUGGACAAUCAGCAUGUCACUUGCCUCUCAUUCCCUUUAAAAGGCAGGAGCGCUCUGACAUUGGCUGAUUGGUAUUUUAACUGCGCAGUGCUUCUGCACUUCUCAGCAGAGGUGCAUGAGCCGGUCAUUUACGGGAAGAGCAAUGUUAUUCUGUUUAUUUUCGAUGUAAAAGUUGUGUUUGGGCACUGCUGCGUGUUCAUGUGUGCAUAACAAACAGUAGUUUAAGGUCUGUACUGCCAAGAUAGCAAUGAACACCUGACUGUUGAUUGUUGUAUAGGUUGUAUUCAGUCAAUGGAGCACCAGUGUUUUCAGUUGCCAAGAUACAAGCAAUAGGCCAGAAAUUGACCUGAACACACCUCAUUUCCGGACCAUCACACCCAUCAAUGUAGAUAUAUUCACAAGCACUGCUGAUAUCUAAGCAAUGGAGUGGAGUCAGCAAAAAUCAGGGGGUUUGGUGCCCACUUGUAAUAUAUGUUAUGUGUGACAUAAUCCCAGAUAAUUCCUUACAUCUGAGAUAAAUUGAAUGCAGCUUUAUUUUUUUUUUCUAUAACUUUGUGUAAGAGCUUGUGAUCAAAAUGUCAGUGGAUGCUGAAACAGAAAUUAAAUUCAUUAAAACUGUUA